AGAAACUCAUUUUCAACUCUUUUAGAAAACUUAUUUCACGAAACUCAUUUUGAACGCAAUGGCAGUGGUGAUUUCGUGUUUCAGCGAAAUUUGAUUGGAAAAGAGGUUGAUUUCGGGUUUCUGCAAAGUUUGAUUUCAGACUUUACGAAAUCCUUUCUCUAAACCACACUGGGUCGAAUGAUACCCUUCAACUUGCUGUGACAACACCUUUCUCUCACUGAAAACGAAGCUCUCUUCUUCGCUCACUCUCAUUUCACCGAAAUAGUUACGACAACGAAGCUGAGAGGAAACUAUCGCAGUGACAAUAACGAAGUUGAGAGGAAAUCAUUUUGCAGUGACGACAUUGGUAAGGAAUACUUAGGGUUUUAUACUUUGAACGACAUUUGUAGAUGAAGAAUUAGGGUUUGGAACAAAAGAGAUUAUGGCCUCUGUUUCGAUCACGAUGUGAGACAGCGCAAGUUAAAGGCUCGUCAAGCUCACAAGCACUCUGAAAACGCCCAGAAGAGUUUGGGUAUUAAGGGUAAGAUGAUUGCCAAGAAAAAUUAUACGCAAAAAGCACAGAUGAGGAAGACUUUGGCCAUGCAUGAGGAAUCAACAACUAGGUGUAAGGCUGGUGAUAAUGUCCAGGAUGGAGCUGUUCCUGCGUAUCUUCUGGAUCGUGAAAGACCAAACAAUGGAGGAAGAGUGUCUUUCUUCCUCAAAACCUUUCUCUGCAAAAACCCAAUCAACCUCCUUCCUUCGCACAUGGCCAUUUCCCUCUUCAUAACACUUCCAUUUCUUUCCCCAACAACCACCAAAUUCAUUUCAUCCCAAUCCACUCUAUCCCCACUUCUCUCAAAUCCAACAACACGACAUCACUUCUCAAUUAUCACCAUGAACUCAAGCACCGCCACCAGCUCAGCAGCAUCUUCUUCCUUAUGCAGCACGUACCACAACAAGACUCCAAUGAAAUGGAACGUACCGCGAACCUAACAUUUCAAAGAUACAGUUCCAAUAGCACCAAGAGGAGUGGUAAAGGGACAUCAAUUGUCUGGUUUAGAAACGAUCUCAGAGUUUUGGAUAAUGAAGCUCUCUACAAAUCUUGGCUUUCUUCUCAAACUAUCUUGCCUGUUUAUUGCGUCGAUCCUCGACUCUUUGCCACCACUUACCAUUUCGGAUUUCAAAAAACCGGAGGUUUAUGCACAGAAAGAAACUUGCAGUGAGGAGUUCAAUCUUCUGGAAAUGUUCGGAGUAUCAAGUUCUGUCAGUGGUGUGGUAGUUCAACUAAACAUGAUGUACCUGACGGUGAAGAAAAAUUGAGGGCUAUAUGUACAGUUUGUGACAAGAUUGCUUAUCAAAAUCCCAAAAUGGCUGAUACUCGAGCUCUCAAGAGGAAGACAUGGGAGCAGCUGGCUUUUGAAGAGGGAAAGGAUAUCCCUAAAGCUAGUGAAAUUGAAAGGUUAAUGUGUCGUACAGGUGUUGAUCAUGUACUAAAUAGGGUUAGUUGACUUUUUCUUGACAUUUUCUCCCUGACAAAGAAGAAAAUGAGCUGGAUAAUCUGAAGUUGAGAUUUUCUCAAAUAUUUUAUGAUAAUAUUCUGAAGUAAGCUUGAAAAACCAAUGGAGGGUCUGGAAGACUGGUUGGAAGCAGUUUAUAAUGCUCGCAUCCCCUGUGUUGUUGUUUCAAGUCUUGAUAGAAAAAUUGAAUUCUGGCACCAGAAAUGGCAGACCUAGUUCUGAUACAAGAGGGUCUAGAAAUAUUCCUCCUCUGAGGGACAAUAGCAGAGCAUCAGUUAGAACUGAAAGAAUGGUUAGUGGUUAUGUCUUGAAUUAUUUAUGUCUCACAAUUUGAACUUUCUUUUUGUAGUGUGGAUCAGUGCUAUCAGUUUAUGGGUGUUAUAUGUAUAGAAAAUCAACAGACGCCAAUAUUAAUGAUAAUAUUACUAGAAUUGAUGCAGAGCAAGGUCCAGAAUUGCCUCUCUUAAACCAGGAUGCCACAAAUGUAUCUAGAACGGAACGCCUAGCUGAUUCUCACAAUAGCAUACAAAAGAAUCAAAUUGCACCCGUUUGGAGUUACAUUUUUCAUAUUUUAUUCCAGGUAUCAACAAGUAUUGAAUAGAAAAAGACAAACUUGGGCUUAAUGUAUGUUGAGAAAUUGAGUUAUUUGCUUUCCCUUACAUUUGUUAGUGUUCUAUGCAUUAUUGUUCUCUUGUUAAGUAUGAUCCGUCGUUUAUUCUUCUUUUUCCUUUUAUGUUUUUCAUCUUGCAUUUUCUUAGCUCCUUCAACUGCAUGGUUUUGUCGUGUUUUUAAUCUUGUGUGAACUCCAUGUGCACAAUAACUACUCCUUGCAUUCCUAAUCUUUGGUUGUUUAAGCUUUUUAUUUCUUUCCCAAAACUUUGUUUGCUUUAUGAAACCAAGAUACAAUCAAGCAUGUUUUUCUCCUUGUAUCAUUACAAAAAUCAAACUCAUACAAUAAAUAAAUUAAGGGUAAAUGAGUCUAUAUAUGUCUAAAUCUAUUAUUUCACAAUGUAUGUGCCCAUCAUUCCUUAAGGGAUCAAAGAACAGGACAGAGGGAAUAAUUUAUUAAGCUAAGUCUAGCAGACUAAUCUGGGUAUUUUGGACUUAUUUGCAUGAAAAGUCGGAUAAUUUUGUAUGUUAAUGAAGUUCGACUGAAUACCUGAACUUUACAUAUUACAAUUUAUAGAAUUUAACCUCUGUCCGCAUGAUUACAAGGUUGCAUUACUGUAUCUUGAAUUUAUAUGCUUCGGUUUUGGCAUUGGCUUCUGUAGUUCAUUUGUUCUUGUUUCCGUUGACGCCGUCUUUAGAUUAUUUUAAGUUAGCUUCAAAUUCAUGUGUUUCGAGUAAUGCAUCGGUGGAGUUGUUUAGUAAGCGUGGUUGGGAUGAACCUGCGAUUGAUUUGAAGAUUCGGUUCCCGGGUGAUUUGCACGGUUCGGUUGCUUAUAAGGGUGCGCUGUGGAAGGAUGAGAUUGGUCGGUGGCUUGCAGGUUGUGAUUCUGUUACAAAGGAAAUCAACGUUUCUGAGAUAAUAGGUGGAAAUGAGUGCAAAAAUGACUGCAGUGGUCUGGGAGUUUGUAAUCAAGAGUUGGGACAAUGUCGAUGCUUUCAUGGUUAUGCUGGUUUUGCUAGUGAAUCACUGAUCCAUGCAAAAGAAAACAGCAUUCUUCCGGACAUCCCCGCAACUGUUACAGCUGUUAAAAAUCCAUCUUCUAAGAUUGUAUAUGAUGAGUACAACCAUGAACGUUUUCCUCCUGGUGACCCAAGCAAGAGAGCAUUUGCAUACUUUGUCCUAACAGGUGGAAGGUUUGCUUAUGCUUCUGUGAUCCGUCUUCUUGUCCUCAAGCUUGUCCUCGGCAUGUCGGCAAGUAAGGAUGUUCUUGCUAUGGCUUCACUUGAAGUUGAUCUCUCCAGCAUUGAACCAGGCACUACUGUCACUGUUAAGUGGCGUGGAAAGCCAGUAUUCAUCAGGCGCCGAACAGAUGAGGAUGUGCAGUUGGCAAACAGUGUUGAUGUUGGAUCCCUUCCUACAUUCAUUUUAUUGACUAGGUACAUAAUGCUUGAUCAGAAGAUGCGAAUAGUAGAAGAUAACUCAUUUGUUAAAACUUGUAGUUCUAGCUUAUAGUUUAUCAUCUCUCUUAAUACAACUUGUAGUUCUAGCUUUCACAUAUAGUUUAUCAUCUCUCUUAAUACAGCGGUGAUCAUAUCUACUAUUUCUCCCAAUGGCUGAUUUGAAAAACUUAAA